AUGGCAGAAUUAGUGACAAUAGAUGAAGGGUUGUAUUAUGUGAUCAAAUUCUUUGAUGGAAUCCAGAUCAUUUCGGAUAACUGGGUUAUUCAAGAUGAAACCUUAGUAUAUUGGCCCAAAUUGCCGUUAAAAUGCGUCAUCAAAAUACUACGCACGAACAAAUAUCUUCUAUUGCUGCAGAAUGGCUUAAACAUGCGAAACAAAGAGUACAAAGAAAAUCUGACCAAACCUCCUCCACCAAACAUCACUAGACAAGAGCGAUUGGCCCUCCAAGACCUGAACAGGGACACAGACAUCAUCGUGCUCCCAGCCGACAAAGGCAACACGACAGUAGUCAUAAAUACAUCAGACUACAAGAAAAAGAUGAAGAACCUUCUCUCGGACAAAGCAUACAAAAAGCUUGAUAAAGAUCCGACUAAUACAAUCGCACAAAAAACCAAGACCCUAGUGGAGGAAAGCAACAUUCCCAGUAAAACCAAAUCGACAUUAAAACCUGCAAAUUCUCUCCCACCAAGACUGUACAGACUACCAAAAGUACACAAACCAAACAUCCCCUUCAGACCGAUUGUCAGCGCCAUACACUCCCCGACGUACAGCCUAUCCCGCUUCCUAGCACAAACACUACAACCCCUCACUGGAAAAACUGAAUCAUACAUCACUAACUCGACGGACUUUAUAAAAAAGAUCCAAAAGAUCCGACUACAUCCCACAGACCUGCUCGUAAGUUUCGACGUAGAAUCCCUUUUCACACAAGUACCAAUAAAAGACACACUAAACAUAAUAAAGGCCUCACACAAAGUCCCCUCUGACCUCAUCCCGCUAAUAGAGCACUGCUUAACAACCACCUACUUCUCCUACAACAACCAAUUUUAUGAACAAACUUCAGGAGCGGCAAUGGGCUCUCCCAUCUCUCCUGUAAUCGCCAACAUCUUCAUGGAACACUUCGAGAAAGAGGCCCUCGGAAAAACACCGAAAAAGCCAGAAGUUUGGUUCCGCUAUGUAGACGAUACAUUCGUGAUAUGGAGACACGGCAGAGCAGAACUCCGUAAAUUCCUUAUUUUCCUCAACAAACAACAUCCAAAUAUCCACUUCACCAUGGAUAUAGAGGAAAACGGGAAACUCCCCUUCCUAGAUGUUCUUGUCUCCAAAAAAGCUGACGGUACCUUAGGCCAUCAAGUGUACAGAAAACCAACACACACAGACAGGUACCUACAUGCUGAAUCGCACCACCAUCCAGCACAAAAACAGUCAGCAAUCAACUCACUAGUACAUAGAGCCUUCACUAUCUCUGACAAAGAACAUCUACAGACAGAACUCAACCACCUGAAACUAACCUUACAAAAAAACGGACACGACAAAAAAGACAUAACCAAAGUAAUCAAUAAACAUGCAAACAAGACAACGGUCCCUGACACACAACCAGACGAAAGGAUACUAGCCUUCCUUCCAUUUGUCAAAGGAACAACAGACCGAAUCGGCAGGAUAUUGAACAAACACAACAUCCGAACUAUCUUCAAACCACCCAAAAAGAUAGGACAAAUCUUAAAAAAUCCCAAAGAUCAAAGACCUCCACUCAGCUCCGCAGGAGUAUACAAAAUACCUUGCUCCUGCGGGCAAGUAUACAUCGGAGAAACCGGGAGAAUGGUCAACCUACGGAUAAAAGAACACCAACGCGAUGUCAGGCUAAAACACGCCACGCAGUCGGCACUAUCAGAACACAAUAUCGAAACAGGACAUCAAAUACAGUUCGAUAAAACGACCACAAUAGCCAACAUUGCAUCAUACUUUCCAAGAAAGUAUAGAGAAGCCAUAGAAAUACAAAAACACCCCAACAAUCUAAAUAGAGAUAAUGACUACAAUAUAAAUAAAAUAUGGAAGAUACACCAUCCUCCCGGCUAUUGA